AUGCUGGGCACCUCCCUCAAGAGCCUGCAACCCGAGGUGGAACUGAGCGGCGGAGAGGGCUCCGACGAGCUCAGGGGCUUCGGCAAGAAGGCAGGCGAGGGCAAAAGCAUGAUGCCCAAGCGGGCCAAGCCUCCAGGCGGCGGGGUGGCCAAGGCCGGCGCUGGAGAGCUGAAGGUCUUCAAGUCUGGCAGCGUGGACAGCCGGCCCCCGCCGCCGGCCUCCAACCUCCGCAAGCAGAAGUCCCUCACCAACCUCUCCUUCCUGACGGACUCGGAGAAGAAGAUGCAGCUCUACGAGCCUCAGUGGAGCGACGACAUGGCCAAAACACCCAAGGGCUUCAGCAAAGUGGGGUCCAAGGGCCGGGAGGCUCCCCUCAUGUCCAAGACGCUCUCCAAAUCGGAACAUUCGUUGUUUCAAGCCAAGAUGACUCCGGGCGGGGUAACCAAGCCCCCUUUGGCCCCACUGGCCCCGGGGCUGGGCAAGCCAAGCCGAAUCCCCCGGGGCCCCUAUGCAGAGGUGAAGCCCCUUAGCAAGGCCCCUGAGGCGGGUGUCAGCGAUGACAGCAAGUCUGAUGAUGAGCUUCUGUCCUGCAAGGCCAAGGGGCAGAAGGGGGCACCUCCACCACCACCCGCUGGCAAGGGCCAGGAGGAGCGAGCCUUCCUCAAGGUAGAUCCGGAGCUUGUGGUGACUGUGCUCGGCGACCUGGAGCAGCUGCUUUUCAGCCAGAUGUUGGAUCCAGAGUCCCAGAGAAAGAGGACAGUUCAAAAUGUCUUGGACCUUCGACAGAAUCUGGAGGAGACUAUGUCUAGCCUGAGAGGUUCCCAGGUAACUCACAGCUCCCUGGAGAUGACCUGCUAUGACAGUGAUGAUGCCAACCCCCGCAGUGUGUCCAGCCUCUCCAACCGCUCAUCCCCACUCUCUUGGCGCUAUGGCCAGUCGAGCCCCCGCCUGCAGGCGGGCGAUGCACCUUCAGUGGGUGGGAGCUGCCGGUCUGAGGGGCCUCCAGCCUGGUAUAUGCAUGGCGAGCGAGCCCACUACUCUCACACAAUGCCCAUGCGGAGUCCCAGCAAACUCAGCCACAUCUCCCGCCUUGAGCUAGUUGAGUCUUUGGAUCCUGAUGAGGUUGACCUCAAAUCUGGCUACAUGAGUGACAGUGACCUCAUGGGCAAAACCAUGACUGAAGAUGAUGACAUCACCACAGGGUAA